AAGUGUGUCUGAACUGUCACUUGAUGUCUAGUCUUUCUGUUGGGGUGCUGGCACGCUGACCACUGCUUGUCUCGUGGAUAUAAGUGAGGAAAAAUAAUCCACAACCAUGACUGACGCGCAACAGGAGGCGCGCUCAUAUUUGAGCGAGGAGAUGCUUGCCGAGUUUAAGGCUGCCUUCGACAUGUUCGACACCGAUGGUGGCGGUGAUAUCAGCACCAAGGAGUUGGGUACCGUGAUGAGGAUGCUGGGUCAGAAUCCAACCAGAGAAGAGUUGGAAGAAAUCAUCGAGGAGGUCGAUGAAGACGGCAGCGGAUCCAUUGACUUUGAGGAGUUCUUGGUCAUGAUGGUGAGACUCCUUAAGGAGGACCAGGCUGGCAAGUCUGAGGAAGAGUUGGCUGAAUGCUUCCGUGUGCUGGACAGGAACGGUGAUGGUUACAUCGACAGAGAUGAGUUUGCCGAGAUCAUCCGUAGCACUGGUGAAUCCGUCUCAGAGGAAGAGAUUGAUGAGCUGCUUAAAGAAGGAGACAAAAACAACGACGGCAUGCUGGACUUUGAUGAAUUCCUCAAGAUGAUGGAGAACGUGCAGUAAAACAGAAACUCAUGGACAUUCCUUACCCCUCUCAUCCCUGCAGACUGAAACUUAACUCUUAAUGCCACUCAAUCUCCCCUUUUGUCCACUCUCUGCCUUACUGCAUCUAACCCUUUGUCUCACCUCUUCAGCAGACAGACAGAAAAACACCUAUGUGGGGUUUGCCAAGGUUCAGCCCACAAUGCCUUUUAUAUUGGGCUCCCACUGACCCUCAUACAAGACCCAAGGAGCCAAGCUGCGGUGUGUUUAUAGGUUCAUCAUGUAUGUUGGCUAUCAGUACACUAGAAGCACAUGCCAUGGUAGACUUCACUUAAGUGGGUGUUUAGUCUAGAUUUAAUCUAGAUCAGCAGCUUGUUAUCGCUGCAUAGACCAAUGCUUAAGCCACCACUGUAUUUAAGAAUAAAACGCUUGAAACAGAAUAAAAAAUAAAACAUACUCAUGUUUAGUUGGUCUGACAUUUUGAUUUGUACGGAUUUGUUUAUCAAUUAAACAUUAUUUUUCUGCCAA